AUGUCAGAUUAUAACAGUGGUGUUAUUGAUGCAGGACAUUUUAUUACUGGCAUGUUUAUUGUCACAGGAUUUUGCUUGCCAUUUGUCUUGGCUCACGCUGAAGUGAUUACGGUGCCUGCUAUGAUUAUGAGUAUUGCAGGCGGUGUGUUGGUAUAUGGAACAAUUAUUGCAUAUACACACUUUUUCGCUCAUCAAGGCGACGAAUUUUGA